AUACCAUAAUAUAUAGACCAUAGUAAAUCCCAAACAAAAAUACGUAAUAACCAUCUGGAUAAAACGAAAAUAUUGAUAACUUUGAAGGAAACCUUCCGUCGGCAUAACGGGUUAACCACAUGCAGAUCCUUCAGUGCAAAUCCCACUUGUGUGUGUGAUUUCGGUCUAUUACCUCACAGAUUGAGUGUGUAAUUUGCGCUGGAAUCUUAAACUUUCCCCAACAUCCUUCGCGAUUCCUUUACAUCCUUGUUAAGAACUUUUGGCCAACUUCGUGCAAAGUGUUUAGACGCUCGAGAAAACUUCCUCGCACCUUUGUCUUACGUGAGUUCGUGCUGUGAAAAUUGCUGAAAAGUUUAACUCAAACAGAACUCAGAGCCAAAAAGCUAAUAAAAACAAAAGCGGCAAAGGAUUUUCUUCUGUGACACGCUUGAAGUAUUGCUGUCAAAAUUUUCACGGACGGUAAUAAGCUCGGUCCUGCAGCCGCGGGCAGAGGAAUGUUUUGCUACCAGUGUCCACCAGCCCUGCAUCCCUGCGGCCCUCAUCCCCCGCGCUUGCCAACUCUCGACUAUCCCUUCGCCGCCACCCAUCCAUAUACCAGCUACUCGUAUCAUCCUGCCAUACACGAUGAGACUUUUGUCCGGCGGAAGCAGCGACGGAAUCGCACCACCUUCACACUGCAACAGCUGGAGGAGCUGGAGACGGCCUUUGCCCAAACUCACUAUCCGGAUGUGUUCACUCGCGAGGAUUUGGCAAUGAAAAUCAACCUGACCGAGGCACGGGUUCAGGUCUGGUUCCAAAAUCGCCGGGCAAAAUGGCGCAAGGCGGAGCGACUCAAGGAUGAGCAGCGAAAGCGUGAAAAUGGUGAAAGCAGCAGCUCACUGGACAAGCUCCACGACUCUCGCGAAUCCUCGCCAGACAUUACGGGUGAAAUAGACGACGACAUGGAUGAGCUACCGCCUCGUCAGCGGUCACACAGUCCGCUGACCAAUGGUCAAAUGGAGCCGCAGCAGCACUCCCAUUCGCAUUCCCACUCGCAUUCCCGCAGUCCUGGCGGUGGCAUGCACCUGGACUCUAGCGACAAUGAGCGUCCGUUGUCCUCCAAUCAGCUGACCACCACCCCGCACUCCGCCUCUCAGUCGCUGGGCUCCAUCAGUGCCGGAUCGCCAUCCCCUUCGGGAAUGCACCGGGAUCGCGAGCAUACGCCCCUGGCUGGAGGCGGUUGCGGAGGGGGUCAGGGGUCAAGUAGCCCCUCGAACUCGCGGAACACCGACUCCCCCAUCGAGGUGGGCGGACCCAUGUCCCUGACCACGGGCUCCAGGAUGCCGCCGACCAACUCCGCCAACAACUCGGCCUCGUCCACGCCCACGCCCGCCCCCCAACUGCCGUUGCCACACUCUUCGGCGGCUGCGGCGGCCGCUUUUGGCAGCCACAUCUUCGGGAACUUUGGAGGCGCCAGCAACGCCAGCGAUAGCAACUGCGGUUUUCGCCCGGUUUUGAGUGAGCAGAGCGCCGUGGCAGCAGCGGCGGCGGCAGCGGCGGCCCAGCGGAGUGCCAACCACCCACCGCUUUUCCUGCCGCCCCAUUUGGCCGCCCAGUUUAGCCACCAGCCGCUUUUCCCGGGACUCAAAGGUGUUUCGCCCUUCCAGAGCCUGUGCUCUUGCUGCUCCCUGAAACCGCCGCCGCCACCUGGCUCCUCGGUGGUGGCUCCACUGAGCAUUCCGGUGAGCAGCAGUUCGGCGGCCAGUUCGCCGGAGUCGCCCAAAUCCUCGGGCCAAGGAUCUGGCCACGAUCCGCGGUCCAAUUCGGUGGCCGAGUUGCGGCGGAAGGCGCAGGAACAUUCGGCGGCACUCUUGCAGUCGCUGCAUGCGGCUGCCGCGGCUGGGUUGGCUUUUCCGGGACUCCAUCUGCCACCCCUCUCCUUUGCCCACCAUCAUUCGGCCUUGGGACAGCAUGUGGUCAAUCAUAACAACAAUAAUACCAUGAGGAUGAAGCACGAGGCGCAGGACAUGACCAUGAAUGGCUUGGGUCCGGGAUCGGGAUCGGGAUCGGGAUCCCUUGCAGGUGGCAGUUCAUCGGCGGCACUUUUGGAUCUGGCCGAAUCGGCUGUGGCAUAUCAACAACAGCAACAUGCUACGUUAUCGCCCCCAACCACGCCCACGCAGCCACCUUCAGGGGGCGUGGCAGCUGGCGAAGGCUCUCCAGGAUCAGCAGUAAAUGCAGGAGGUAUAUCCCUAAAUGGAAAUGCGGUGCUAACCAAAAUGGAGUAAAAAUAAUAAACAAAUAAAAU